GAAUACUCAACUAGUCUGAAGAUAUAUUUAAAAUUCCCGCCAUUUGUGUAUUAAUGGCGAAUUUGUGAGUGUCACUCUUUUAGACUAAUAAAACAAUUCAGAUUUUAUAGAGUUUGAAUAUGGAUAAAAUAAUUAAAGGAAUAAUGAAAUAUAGAAAGUGUCAUAGAGAAGAAAUGGUGAAACAAUUUCAAAAAGUUAAAGACUGUCCUGAACCAAAAGCAGCAUUCUUUACCUGCAUGGAUUCCCGGAUGAUUCCAACUAGAUUUACGGAAACAAAUGUUGGAGACAUGUUUGUUGUAAGAAAUGCUGGUAAUAUUAUUCCUCAUUCUCAGCAUUUUGAGGACGAGUUAGCAAUGUGUGAACCGGCAGCCUUAGAACUUGUUUGUUUAAUGAACGAAAUAAAACACAUUAUAGUUUGCGGCCAUAGCGAUUGUAAGGCUAUGAAUAUGUUAUAUUCUUUGCGCGAAGAAGAAUUAGCAUCUAAAGUAAAUAGAAGGAUAUCGCCAUUAAAAGCAUGGCUUUGUGCACACGCUAGUAAUAGUUUAACGAGAUUUCAACAGCUUGAAAUCAGUGAUUUCCGUGACCCGAUACUUUUUCAAGGUGAGACAUCUUUACGAAAAUUUGUAGCUUAUAUUGAUCCUGAAGAUAAAUUCGGCGUAGAAGAUAAAUUAUCUCAAAUAAAUACUUUACAACAAUUACAAAAUAUAGCUUCUUAUGGAUUUUUAAAAAAACGAUUGGAAAGGCAUGAUUUGCAUAUUCAUGCAUUAUGGUUUGAUAUUUAUACUGGUGAUAUUUAUUAUUUUAGUAGGGCAAAUAAGAAAUUCGUAGAAAUAAAUGAAUCAACCGAAAGAUGUUUACUUACAGAAAUUAAAAAAUAUUAUUCUUAAAUUUUUUAUUAAAAU